AUUAUUGAAGAAAAGUCGAAAAUUUGAUCGAUGAUUAUGGCGGCUAUUGAUCCAGAAAUGAAGCUGCUAGGAUUAUGGUGCAGCCCUUUUAGUAAAAGAGUAGAGAUUGCUUUGUGUUUGAAAGGUUUACCAUAUGAUUACAUUGAAGAAGAUAUUCAGAACAAAAGUCCUGAACUUCUCAAGAACAAUCCUGUUCAUAAAAAGGUUCCUGUUCUUGUCCGCGAUGGUAAGCCAAUCGCGGAGUCACUAGUGAUUUUGGAGUACAUUGAUGAGAUGUGGAACGACACGCCUUCCAUCUUGCCUGAACAACCAUAUGAACGAGCUAUGGCUCGAUUUUGGGCUAGAUUUAUUGAUGAGAAGUGCUUGCCUUCAAUUUGGAAAGCCUUUUGGGGACCCGAAAAUGAACAAGUAAAAGCAGAAAAGGAAGCGCGAGACAAUUUGAAUGCAUUAGAGAAGGAACUCGAAGGGAAGAAAUUCUUUGGAGGAACAAGCAUAGGUUAUCUUGACAUAGUAGCCAAUUUCAUUGCAUAUUGGCUUGAUGCCAUUCAAAAGGCUGCUGGAAAGAAAAUACUCACAAAAGAGUCAUUCCCAUUGCUAAGCAAAUGGAAAGAUGAUUUUAUUGCUUGCAAAGUCAUAAAAGAAAAUCUACCCCCUUGGGAACGACUCGUUGCUUACUACCAAAUUCGCAUUGAAGCUGCUAAGGCUUCUAAAAUUGAGGAAAAUAACAAGACUAAUCGACGAGCAAGCAAUUAGUUGUCUAACUCAUCGCGAUUCUGCUACUAUUUUUGCAGUUAUUAUUUGCUCGUACGUUUACAAAGGUUGAUCUUCAUGAGCUCAAUUUUACUCAUACUCAGUCCAGGCCACCAAAUUAUUAUUAUUAUUAUUAUUAUUAUGCUGGGUUACAAUAUGCACAGUGUAUACUAGAUUUUAUCAUUGUUUUGGUUACAUGGUGACUGAUUGGACCAUUUUAAGGCAUAGCCUCUUUGGAAUUUAAUUUAAUUGAUCUUGAUUUAAUUGUUAUUGCUUUCUAACUACUACCAUGGAUAUUCUUGCAGAGAGUUGUUUUGAAAUUUUUUCAUAAUAAUAAUAAAUUUGAAUUAUGAUCUACUGUAGAGCCAUAUCUAGCUAAAAUUCUACUCAAAAAGUAUGGAUGACA